AGAGGCGAGGCCGCCAUUGGAUCCUGCGCAGUGCAGCGGGGAGCGGCCGCCCUGCCCUGCCCUGCCCUGCCCUGCCCUGCCCUGCCCUGUGCCGGCAGUGCCGGGUGCUGCCGCCCCGCUCCCCCCGGGGCUGCCGGGGUCCUCCUGCUGCGCGGCCUCGCCCCGCCCGCGCGCUCAUGGGCCUGGCGGAGCCGGCGCUAUGGCGGCUCUGUACCAGAGCGCGGACCCGUCCGCCUCGGCCUCGCCCAACAAGCUGCUGGCGCUGAAGGAUGUACGGCAGGUGAAGGAAGAGACCACGCUUGACGAGAAGCUUUUCCUGCUGGCCUGUGACAAAGGUGAUUAUUACAUGGUUAAGAAACUCUUAGAAGAAAACAGCUCUGGUGAGAUGAACAUAAAUUGUGUGGAUGUGCUUGGAAGAAAUGCUGUUACCAUAACGAUUGAAAAUGAAAAUUUGGACAUACUACAGCUUCUUCUGGAUUAUGGGUGCCAGUCGUCAGAUGCACUUUUGGUGGCUAUUGACUCGGAAGUGGUGGGAGCUGUUGACAUUCUACUUAAUCACCGACCAAAAAGAUCCUCCAGGCCAACCAUUGUAAAACUAAUGGAACGCAUUCAGAACCCAGAAUACUCAACAACCAUGGAUGUGGCACCUGUCAUCUUAGCUGCUCAUCGUAAUAACUAUGAAAUUCUUACUAUGCUGUUAAAGCAAGAUAUAUCAUUACCCAAGCCUCAUGCUGUAGGCUGUGAAUGCACACUUUGUACUGCAAAAAACAAAAAAGACAGUCUACGACAUUCCAGGUUUCGUCUUGACAUUUACCGGUGUUUGGCCAGUCCUGCUUUGAUAAUGUUGACAGAGGAGGAUCCAAUUCUUCGAGCUUUUGAACUUAGCGCAGACUUGAAAGAAUUAAGUCUAGUUGAGGUUGAGUUCAGAAAUGAUUAUGAGGAGCUAGCUCAGCAAUGCAAAACCUUUGCUAAAGACUUACUUGCACAAGCAAGGAAUUCACGGGAGCUGGAAGUUAUUCUGAAUCAUACAUCUAGUGAUGAACACGUAGACAAACGAGGGUUGCUGGAAGAAAGGAUGAACCUAAGUCGCUUAAAACUUGCAAUCAAGUAUAAUCAGAAAGAGUUUGUCGCUCAGUCUAACUGUCAGCAGUUUCUCAAUACUGUGUGGUUUGGACAGAUGGCAGGCUAUCGACGCAAGCACACAUGCAAAAAAAUUUUGACUGUUUUGAUGGUUGGCAUUUUCUGGCCAGUUCUGUCCCUGUGUUACUUAAUAGCACCUAAAUCACGAGUAGGUCGUAUAAUUCACACUCCAUUUAUGAAGUUUAUUAUUCAUGGAGCUUCAUAUUUCACAUUUCUUCUGUUGCUUAAUUUGUACUCCCUUGUCUACAAUGAGAAUAAGAAGAAUACGAUGGGACCAGCCCUUGAGAGAAUAGACUAUCUUCUGAUAAUAUGGCUAAUUGGAAUGGUGUGGUCAGAUGUUAAAAGACUCUGGUAUGAUGGUUUAGAAGACUUUUUAGAAGAGUCACGUAAUCAGCUUAGUUUUGUCAUGAAUUCCUUGUAUUUGGCAACUUUUGCUCUCAAAGUAGUUGCCCAUAACAAGUUUCAUGAUUAUGCUGAAAGAAAGGACUGGGAUGCAUUCCAUCCUACACUAGUGGCUGAAGGCCUUUUUGCAUUUGCUAAUGUUCUGAGUUAUCUGCGCCUAUUCUUCAUGUACACAACCAGCUCUAUUCUGGGACCACUCCAGAUCUCAAUGGGACAGAUGCUACAAGAUUUUGGGAAAUUCCUGGGCAUGUUCCUCCUUGUUUUGUUUUCAUUCACAAUUGGAUUGACGCAACUUUACGAUAAAGGAUUUACUGUGAAUGAAGAAGAAAGGGACUGUGCGGGUAUAUUUUGUGAAAAGCAGAGCAAUGACACAUUCCAUUCGUUUAUCGGCACAUGUUUUGCUCUGUUCUGGUAUAUAUUCUCACUGGCACAUGUAGCAAUCUUUGUCACGCGCUUCAGCUAUGGUGAAGAAUUACAGUCUUUUGUGGGUGCUGUUAUUGUUGGCACCUAUAACGUGGUGGUUGUGAUAGUACUAACUAAACUCCUUGUGGCGAUGCUUCAUAAGAGUUUUCAGCUGAUAGCAAACCAUGAAGAUAAGGAAUGGAAAUUUGCUCGUGCCAAACUUUGGCUUAGCUAUUUUGAUGACAAAUGCACGCUACCUCCACCUUUCAAUGUUAUUCCAUCUCCCAAGACUAUCUGUUAUCUCUUCAACAGUCUUAGUAAAUGGAUUUGCUCUCAUACAUCAAGUGGCAAAGUGAAACGUCAGAACAGCCUUAAGGAAUGGAGAAAUCUGAAGCAAAAGAGAGAUGAGAAUUAUCAGAAGGUGAUGUGUUGCUUAGUUCACCGUUACUUGACAUCCAUGAGGCAGAAGAUGCAAAGCACAGAUCAGGCAACUGUGGAAAACCUAAAUGAACUGAGGCAAGACUUAUCAAAAUUCCGGAAUGAAAUGAGAGACCUACUUGGCUUUCGAACUUCAAAAUAUGCCAUGUUUUAUCCAAGGAAUUAAGGCCUAACUUUUCAAAUGAAAAGUUCACCUCAGUUGACAGUGGGGACCUAAUUUUAUUGCUAGACUAAAGGGAAAAGGUGAUUGUUGCACAGCAGUCAGUACUUUUGAAAAUAUUUGUGUGAGCUUCCUAGGUAAGGAAGUACAGGAAAUAAAUGCAAAAAUAGUUACAGAAGUUUUCUUAAGCUCUUAAACUUAAUGUGUAUAUAAAAUCUGUAUAUAAGUAUUUUUUUUAAUGUUCCUCAGACCAUGGCUGUCAGGUGUCAGAGCUUCAUAACCAGCACAAUACGUUCAUUUCUUCUAUUUUUGCUGCUUGUUCCUUUUUGAUACUUGCUUUUUUAGGUUGUGGGAGAAGAUGGACUUUUUAAAACAGAAAUUCAGACUAUGUUUAUUUUUAAUAGAAAAGUUGGAUAUAGAAUAAGAGACAAUUUCCAGCAUAGAUGGAAAUCGUGUUUGACUGUAGGUUACAGUACUUGCGAAAUCUGUGUGGCACUGAAGUGCCAGGUUUUGUGUGCUGUGUUGACUGUGUGCUAAUGUUUCUAGAAUACAGAAAAUGGAACCAAGACUUCCCAUUCAUGGGUAGGGUGAAAUUUGGGACUCAAAAUAGACCAAAUGUUUCUAGAAUGUUUAUGGCUUUAUGUAAGACAAUCAGUUUCUACUGGGAUUUUUCAGCAGUGCCUCAGAAAUAUGUUUAACUGUGUAUGAUACAAUUAGGAGGGGAAUUUUAAAAGUGAUCUUUGAAGUUUUAAUGUUUUGGGUUAUUAAAGUGAUUAUCUUGAGUUACUUAAACUGGUAGUUUAACAAAAAACGAGGUGGAGGUGUGAAUGGUUUUCUUUGCAAAGCUGAAUAGUUCUUUUCUGAAACAUUGUAUGCUUCUUUCUGUGAGAACAUACAAUGUAUCUGAGCAUUGGACUGAUGUAGUAUGUUAGGUCUUGCUUUACAGAGAUUUUUCACACCUAUUUGACAACUACUUUUUAUUUUUUCUUACUGCAGUUGUUGCAAAGUUAAAACUUUGGUGUGUGUCAGGAGCACUACGUCAUGCAAAAAUGUGAUUUAACUUCAUUUACGAUGGACCGUAAGGGCUUUGUUAAUUUUCUGUGCUAGAGGGUCCUACGUGGCUUAUAUGCUUACAUAUAGUUCAAGUUGACAAGCUGUAAUUGAGAAAUGUGAGAUUCCUUUAUUUUUAACUAUGAAAUAAGUAUAUUUAUGACAGCUGAAGGAUUUGUUCAGAAUGUUACCAUUUUGGUGGUGCUCUUUGAAAAUGGUCUUAUGUCCAGAAGGCGCGGGUAGCCAUAAUGGUCUUUGACCAGGCUGAUAGAAAGUGGAGGCUUACAUAAAUGUUUACUUUUUCUUGAAGGGAUUCUUAUAAAACUUUUUCUUGUAAAGGUAAUAUAUUUUCUGUACUAUGAAAAUAUGCAUAUCCGAACUAGGGUUUAAUAUGAUGCAUCCGGAAGUCGUACAGCAUUCUGAAGAGCCUCUCGUCUCUUCACAUGAAUAAGAAUCUAAUCUAACGUCUUGUCUUGAAUGCAAAGGGUGACUGAAUUUUGUUUAUGGAUAGGGAUCUCAUGUUUAAAUAAUACACCUACAUAUGAAUUGUGCUGUAAAUGUUCUGUAUAUCUGAGAUAGAGCCAACAAAUAAAAGCUCUUUGAAAAGUGUAAUUUUA